UCGCCCAUUAGCCUCCACCCAAACUCGAUACCAUACAUACACACCAUGCCGGCACCAAUGGCUCACCCUGUCCUCAAGAACGGCGUCGGCGCAUUCAUCCCACAAUGCCGUCGUCUUGUAUUUCACUACUGCGAACGUAGCGGCAGUUCAAGGGGAAUGAUUGACUAUCUCAAGAAGGAUCUGAUCCAAUUUGCAAAAGAGCACCCUCAUGUCGAAGUCAUUGUCACGCCAAGGCCCUCCAAACACCCCGUCAUCCGCGGCUUAUACCUCAAUGGAAAGGACAAGGUUGUUUGCGUACGCAACAUGGAGCCAACGGACAUCGCGGGCAAGGUUGCGCUGCUGAAGGAGUCAGCUGGAAACAGGAUGAAGGUGUUUAAGAAGCCCGUUAUUUCGACUACAGAAUCCGUCCGUGGUAUCUGGUCACCCUUCCACACUGUCCCGCACAAAAUCUAAGGCAAUGUUUCUACAAGGACGUAGUUUGCAUUGCUCUGUCUUCUUUUUUACUUGGUUUCUCCUUGCGCACUUCUUUCUUUAUGUUUCUGCAAAUAAAUCAUCAUCGUUCAUAGACUAA